AUGCCCUCAACAAAGGGCCACGCCGGUGAAGGCUCUUUGGUGCUUUCGAUCAUGUCAUGUCUCGUCUACAGCGUCAUGUCAAAUGUCAUGGUACUUACCAAUCGCUAUCUACUGGGCAACAAAUAUUAUGGCUUUGAUGAAAAGUUCUUUGUAGUAGCUGUACAAGCAGCUGUGGCUGUGCUAGUAUUGGAGCUUGCAAAGAUGCAAAAGAUUGUAUCGUACGAAUCAUAUGACAGUAAAGUUGCACGUAAGUGGGCACCUGUCACUUUCUUUUUCGUAGCCAUGCUGUAUACAGGUAUGCAGGCCACAGCGGGACUUCCGAUCCACAUUGUUACAGUUUUCAAGAACGUAACCAAUAUCAUUAUCGUCUUUGGUGAAUGGCGUUUCUUUGGUGAGCGUGUAGGCGGCCUCGUUCUCGUGAGUCUCGUUGUCAUGCUCAUGGGUGCCGUCAUGUCUUCGUACAGUGACGUGGGCGGCAGGGCCACGCCCUCAUCACUCUCGGGCUACUUUUGGAUGUUUCUUAAUUGCGCUGCUACUGCCGGUUAUGUCUUGUACAUGCGUAAUGCGACGUCGCGCUCCUCACUGAAGAUCUCCAAGUUUGGCAUGGCCUUUUACAACAACCUUAUCUCACUGCCGCUACUGGUGCCGCCGCUCGUGCUUAAUGGCGAAGCUUUUACAGUCUGGAACAACCCGCUGCUCGCCAAUAUGAACUUUAACGUGCUGCUUUUUCUCAGUGGCGUGCUCGGGGUCGGACUCAAUCUUGCUUCUUUUUGGUGUGUCUCCGCCACAUCUGCUACCACGUACGCGACUGUGGGUGGUCUUAACAAGAUCCCCACUACGUUUAUCGGCGUAUUGCUACUAGGGGAGCCACUCAAGUCUGACACCGCCAUCUAUGUCGCGUUCGGCAUGAUUGGUGGUAUUCUGUACGGCUACGCCAAGUUUAAAGAGGGAGAGGCCGCUAAGAAACACAAUGCUACGCACGACGUGCUGCCGCAGACCACGCACGACACCAAGGCGUUGAUCUCCUCGUAA